AUGGCAUACCCUGAGGAGGGUUCAUCAUCGGAUGCUGUUGAUCUACCAAGUCGCUCUGGCCACAAAAAACAGACUGUGAGACUGAUAGUUGAAAAGAAGUAUUUACGAAAAGGACAACUUGAGCCUGCAACAAAUGUGGCGGCUGUGGAUCCAAGUCGAUCAGUGGCUCACCCCGACAAUGAUGUUUUCCCAGUGAAAUCGAGAGAGAAACAUUCCAAAAAUUUCUAUGGUCAACUUACUCAGACGAUAGAAGCACUUCAACGACAUCUACAUCAGGAGGAUGGCCCAACACAUUCGUAUAGAGGUGGAAUCGCCACUGAAAAAGACCGUCGCCCUUUGAAAUUGAGGUUAGACGAAGAGAAAGUGAAGCCAAAGAAGUACGUCAGCUCACUUGCCAUCGAUUUACCGAAACACUUGAAACCGGCAAGAGAACGUGUGCCAAUGCACGCUAAAGAUCUAUGGAAACCAACGGAGGACACCGUCGUUGACCCUCAAACGGCGACGGAUUCAACUGAUGAAGAUGCGACACAAGAAAGGGAAUCGGCAGUCGACUAUAAGAUUCCCUUGAAUGACAUGCGAAUUCGGAGAGUUCUACAUCGUAAUAAAAAAUUAAUGAAAGCACUAAUUGAGGCUUACAAACUGCAAUUCACAACUAGUACGGUUUAUAGUACCUUUACGACUCCCACUACCACCACCACCACAUCUCGCAUCACUGAGGCUCCUGUGAAUAGGAAAUUGCCAGAGUUCACAGCGAUGGAUGUCGAUGGUGAUAUUAAGGUACACGAAACUGCCAUUUCGAAGGAAGCACCACCAUCAGCGGAAGGAUCGGCAGUUUCAUCGACCGAAGGAUUCAAUACUGACAUUGGAUCAACUACAGUGGAAACCGAAGAAACCUCUAGUGAAGAUAUGACCACGGAAUAUCUUCGUACAACAGCAAGAACAAGUAUGCACCAAGAAAUUGCAAGAACUUCAGACGCAUUAGAAUCGACAACAUCAGAAAGGCCUUCUGCAACGGUCACAGAGGAGUUAGCAGAUCCUAUACAAAACAGCACUACUCCACAAAUAUCUGGUUUAUCGACAGAGCCAGUCAUGGACGGAAAGCAGACGCUGGAGGCGGAAACUUCAACGGGAACUACUACGAAUACAGAAACACCACAGGAUUUCAGUGAAACUACGGAAGUUUCGCAAGACAUCAGUGAAAUCAGUAGCACUGCAGAAGGAUCUAGUCAGCCUAUGCAAGACUUCACAUCGUCUCCCACUAUGGACGAAUUCACAUCGACAUCGGAAACAACUAGUUUGAAGAGAAAUGUGAAUAGUACUGUAAGCACCACUACAACAACGACUCAACUGCCUUACUGGCCAAAAAAAGGUUACGUGCCAAACACGAGAAAGCAUGCUUCGGAGAUUACUUCAAAGUUAUACAUGACAAGAGAGAUCAUACAGGCGUUGUCGGAAGAUCCCAUUCGUCGUUCACCUAUACUGAGAUUGGAUUGUAAGUUUGAUGACUAUUUCUUACUUGCUCGCCUCUUCAGUGAGACACUGAACUUGAGUUCAUGA